AUGCGCAAAAAACGUAUUCACCGCGAAAAAAGUUCUGUAGCCUAUUUGCAGCGAAGUGUUUCAAUACAACUAAAGAUGACAGAUUGGUUUCACAGAAAUCAUCUUAAGGCUACUGCAAAGCUUACAUUCGAGUUUGGAGAAGUAUCUAAAGAUUUGAGCAGCAAAGCUUUGUGCAGCGAAGCAGCAAAGCGUCGUGUUGAACUUCUCAAACUAGUAUCUGAUCCUUCUGCACCAUGUGAAUUAGUUUUGACCGCUUUGAAUCGAUACCUACCAUUAUUAAUGGGCUUUGUUUUACCGGUCGAUAACAGCACACCUUAUAGUAAAUUAAGAGGUCUUGUUUAUACGAAAUGGUGUGACAGUAUAAAACCAAAAGGUGAACCAAUUGCCCGUUAUGAUUCAAUGUUUGAACUCUACUCAGUACUUUUCAAUGUCGCGUUGUGGUAUACUAAGCAUGCCGCGAAAGUUGCUUCCAGUGAAAGUGUGUCAGAGGAUGAAGCUAAAGACGUUCAUUUGUCACUUCGAUCAGCUGCUGGACUAUUUAGUCUAUUACGAGAGAAAUAUAUGCACGAGUUCACAGAGUUUGUGUCAAACAGUGAUUUGGAUCCAAAUAUUCUGGACGCUUAUAUAAGUCAGUCUUUGGCCGAAGCACAGGAAAUUACUGUUGCCAGAGCAAUCGAAUUAAAACAUAAACCCCAUUUGAUCGCGGCUCUAGCGAAUGAAACUGCGAAAUUCUAUGAAAAGUGUGGUCUGGCUCUAUCUCAGUGUGAUCUGAAAAUUGUUGGAAAAUGGAAGAAGUAUUCGGAAUUCAAGCAAUACUGCUAUGAGUCCUAUGCUUAUGUUUACUAUGGUGAGGAUCUGCUAGAGAAGGAAAAAGCCGGACAAUCUGUUGCAGUAUCAAAGGAGGCCUCUGUUCCAUAUGAAAAAGCAGUUCGUGCUUCACGUGAGUAUGUGAGAGCUGAAGGAGUUAGUUUAUCAACUAAACCUCCUGAUCAUUGCUUCUUUCGCCGUCUACCUGGACUAAUUGAACGGACACGCAAUAAAUGUGAUCGGGAGAAUGGUUUGAUAUUUCACCAAAAGGUUCCAACUGUGGCACCAUUUCUCGAUAUCAAAGCGGAAUAUGGCGUUGCAGUACCCAAGGAACCGGAACUUAAUUUUAACUUAGAUCCUAAAUGGAAAGAUGUAUACGUUGGAUUUGAUACAAGUAAAGUUUUAGAGAAUAUGGUUUCAACAUCUAAAAAUUCAAAGAACCAUAAACAAUCAAAUAACAAAGAUGUGCCAGUUGAGCCUGUUCGUGAAAUGCCUAUUUUCAGUACUGAUAAAGAUCCCAAAAAUGACAGUGGAUGUGUCAUAUCAUAG